UAAUUAGUUGAGCUAUAUCGACAUCACAAUUAUUAUGCAAAUUUAUUUGUAUAUCUCAUUUCACACAGAAAUUUGAGUCCACCACACACACACACAAUGCCGAUAGAUACUUCCGCUAAGAUCUUCGUCGCCGGUCACCGUGGACUCGUCGGAUCCGCCGUGGUUCGGAAACUUUACCAAUUAGGCUGCACAAAUCUCCUCCUCCGUACACAUUCCGAUCUCGAUCUCACUAACCAAUCCGCCGUCGAAUCCUUCUUCGCCGACGAGAAACCUCAAUACGUCAUCCUCGCCGCCGCGAAGGUCGGCGGCAUACACGCAAACAAUACUUACCCAGCUGAUUUCAUCACUAUAAAUCUUCAAAUCCAAACAAACGUCAUCGUUUCAUCCUUCAAUCACAAAGUUCAGAAGCUUCUGUUCCUUGGUUCUUCAUGUAUUUACCCUAAAUUUGCUCCUCAACCAAUUCCCGAAAAUGCACUUUUAACUGCCCCUUUGGAACCUACAAAUGAAUGGUAUGCAAUUGCGAAAAUUGCUGGUAUUAAAAUGUGUCAAGCUUAUAGAUUGCAGCAUAACUUUGAUGCAAUUUCAGCAAUGCCCACGAAUUUAUAUGGUACGAAUGACAAUUUCCAUCCUGAGAAUUCUCAUGUUUUGCCUGCUUUGUUACGUAGAUUUCAUGAAGCAAAAGUUAACAAUCUUGAUAAAGUUGUUGUGUGGGGAACUGGUUCUCCUUUAAGGGAAUUUUUACAUGUCGAUGAUUUAGCCGAUGCAGUAGUGUUUUUGUUGGAGAAUUAUAGUGAUUUAGAACAUGUUAAUGUGGGGAGUGGAAAGGAAGUGAGUAUAAAGGAGCUAGCUGAAUUGGUGAAGGAAGUUGUGGGGUUUAAAGGAGAGUUGGUUUGGGAUUCGACUAAGCCGGAUGGGACACCAAGGAAGCUUAUGGAUACUUCAAAGCUUGUUGGAUUAGGUUGGACGCCAAAGAUUUCGCUCCGGGAUGGUCUUGUUGAUACCUACAAAUGGUACUUGGAGAAUUAUGGCAAGCAAUAGUUCAGGUGAUUAUUGAAUGUUUACAAGAUAUGAGAUUGUUAUUUUUGUUUGUCAGAUUGUUGAAAGAUUAUAAUAAGCUUAAUUGAAGUAUUGGUUCUCUGUUGUACUGAUUAUGUACUAUGUUUAUGUUAAUUAUUUUUGCCACAGAUCCAAUUUAUAUU